AUGGUACGACCAAUAAAGAAGAGGAUUGAUGAGGGAAAAACCCUUCCACAAGCGCUGGCGAAUCUUGAAUCAAUGCUGAACUCUUCGCGUGUAAUGGCGAGCAUGGGCGGUGACGAUGAGAAAUCGUUGUUCAACAAGACCGAUUCUGACGCCUUUACGAAGAAGUUGGAAAAACUAACAUCAUGGUUGCAAGAAAAGAAAGCAGAGCAGGAAGGAAAGCAACCCUAUGAAGAACCAGCCGUGCUCACAAGUGAAGUAGUUGCCAAGUUAAAAUCGUUGGAUCGCGAAUUAAGUUCCUUUAUGAAGAAGAUGAGGCAAGCAAAGCUCAAAGAUCUGGAAGAUCGAAUGAAGAACGAUUCUAAAUCUGAGUCGGGAAAGAAAGACAGCACUGAAGGGUCAGCAACAGCUGAGGGAGAAGACACAAUGAAGGCUACAGAUUCAGAUAAGGAUUCUCAAACAGGCGAACAGUCAGAUAAUGAUAUAGAGAAAGGUACAACAGUUGAGAGUGAAACCGCGAAGGAGACUGGUGAUAUAGAGGGUAAUUCACAUGAAGCCGUAGGGUCAGUUAAGGAUACGGAUACAAAGACUGAUAAAGUGGAGUUAUAG